GUCAACAUAUAUCUAAAUGCAUUGUUUUUUAAUUUAUUGUGUUUCGCGAUAAAAUAUGCCAAAUUGUUGAUUUAGAUUGGAAGUACAUAUGGAAGCAAGUUAGAUAUGUAUUGGGAGUAUUGAGCGAUAAGUCCCAAUGGUUGUUAUGCUGGUAGUUUUUUUUUAAAAUGUUAGUGUUGCAAUACUGCUAAUAUUAAGAAGAGCAGCCGUUUUAAUUAAUUUAAAAGAAGCCAAAGAAAUAACAUCUGUUGUUAAAAAAAUUUUAUUUUAAGCUAAAAUUGCUGCUACUUGCCUGUUAACUAUUGGAAUAAUUUAAAUAGUCAAAAUUAAUUUUACUUAAGCUUUAAGCUUGACAAUCUGUGAUAUAUCCAAAGUUAAUUUUAAUACAAUAUUCUCAGAAAUAACUAGUGGGCACAAUGUGCUGUAAAUGUUGUAGUGUUACACAGCGAAAAGUUUGGGUUUAUGGCCUUGGAACUGUAUUUGUUGUUUUAGGAAUAGUUUUGGUCAUAAUAUGGCCGGACGUUUCUCUAAAAAUUAUGUACAAUAAUUUGGUAUUAAAAACUGGCUCCGAAGGUUAUGAAAGUUGGGUCGAAGCGCCAAUCCCAAUUUAUUUGGAGUUUCAUAUGUUUAACUGGACCAAUCCUGAAGAAAUACGAAAUCCGAAUGUUAAACCGAAUUUUGUAGAAAUGGGACCAUAUGUUUUUCUCGAAAAGCACUUAAAGCAGAAUAUAAGUUUUUAUCCAAAUGAAACGGUGUCUUAUUAUGAAAAAAGAACAUGGUUUUUUGAUAAAGAACGGUCUAAUGGAACUUUAGAUGAUAUGAUAACAACUGCACAUGUUAUAACUGCAACCGUUGCAGAUGAAAUGCGACAUCAGAAAAAAUUUGUGAAAAAAGUGAUCAACUUUAUGUUAAAUCAUGAGGGUGGAAAAUUGUAUACAACUAAGCCAGCAGGCGAAUGGAUCUUUGAUGGUUAUCAAGACGAUCUCAUUGACUUUUUAAAUCUUUUUAAUACAACGAAAAUUAAAAUUCCAUACACACGUUUUGCUUGGUUAGCAGAUCGUAAUGGCUCUGUUGAGUAUGAUGGACUUUUCACAAUACAUACUGGUGUUGGUGAUAUAGCUGAUCUUGGAAGGCUUACUCAUUGGAAUAGAAAUAAUGAGAGUGGCUUUUAUGAAGCUCCAUGUGGUACAAUAAAUGGUACUACUGGUGAUCUAUUUCCUCCGCAUAUGGAUACCAAUGAAGAAAUCACAAUUUUCGCCACUGAUGCAUGCCGAUAUAUGAAUUUGGCUCCAAAUGGUACUUUAGAGCGGCAUGGUAUUAAAGCAACUCAGUGGGUUGGUACAAUUGAAACGCUUGAUUCUGGUGAAAAUUACCCAAAUCAAAAGUGCUUCUGCAAUCCUUUGCAUGAGGAAUGCCCCAAAACGGGUGUCGUUGACUGCAAAAAGUGUAGAGAUAAUGCUCCAAUCUAUGCUUCGUUUCCACAUUUCUAUCUCGCUGAUCCAUCGUAUAUCGAUGCAGUUUCUGGCAUGAAUCCAGAUCCAGAGAAACAUCAAUUUAUGCUGUCAGUUGAACCUUUCACAGGAGUGCCUCUUCAAGUAAAUGGACGUUUACAAAUAAAUAUGAUGAUUGAACCUGAUGAUAUGUUUGAUAUAUAUAGGGGUGUGCCGAAAUUUUUAAUGCCAAUGUUUUGGUUUGAACAAACUGCUCAGCUUGACAAAAAACUCGCCAAUAAAACAAAACUUGCUAUUAAUUUAGAAGAUUAUGGAUUUUAUUUCGGUAUAUCACUUAUUGUAUUUGGUGCCUUAUUUUUCAUAGUCGGGAUUAUUUUGACUGUUACAAAAUCCUGGCAGCGUCGCAGCAACGAAGAUGAAGAUAUGCUAACAAACUAAUUGUUUUCUAAAAAUUUAAUUAGAUUUUGUUUUUUUUUUUGUUUUUUGUACAUAUCAUUUUAAAUAUACGUUUAGUCAUUUUUAUUCAAUUAAUAUCGACAUUAUCAUUUAUGUUAAAGUAUUAUGUAAUUACAAAAACAACGAAAUAAAAGUAAUGCUACUAACUUAAUA